UAUGGGGUUGUUUAUAUAGAUGUUAUGUUAGGACGGAGGCGGUGAGUCAGAACGAUAAAGGAAAAGAAACUACAACAUUUAGAUGUAUGUUAUUGUCAUUUAUUCGCUAAUUUAUUCCAUUCAAAUUGAAUUGUAUUCAGCAGAAGGGAUAGAUUUUGUCCUAAGGAGCUCCAUCUGGGAAUGUUUUUAUGGUUGAAUAUAAUUUAUUGGACAAACACUACCCAACAUAUGUAUGUAAUCAGCAUUCAUGUGUUUUUAUUAUGUUUUAAAAAGACUGAAAUUCACCUAUUUAUUGUUUGGCCCUUGUUGCAGGAAGAUAAUCCACAAAAUUGUAUAAAUCCACUAAAUUUAGAGUUUUAAUUCCUUCUUUUAUGUGUAAAUGGGCUAAAGAGAGAGACAUAGCCUACUGUAUAUUUUACUCCAUGGGAUAAAUGUUUCCAGUGAGCUUAGUUCAUUUCACUUGGAAAGCUCUGCAGCUUCAUAUGGCGCUCUGCUCGGUAAGCCUCUUAGGAAUCACGACCACAGCAGAUGUAGGGAGAAUGCCAAUCAGGAGCUCCUGCUGAGCGGAGAAACCCGACGGCUGUGCCACUGCGCGCUUCAAAUCUCUGCCAGGGUUACACAUGAAACACACCUAAAUAUCGUUUGGUGCUUAAAGUUUGCGUUUAACAACCAAAACAGCAGCAGAAACACGAGAGCUGUCAAGAAGAUGGAGAGCGCGGCGAGGCGACUCUGAACCGUUAGUCUACACAACAACAACAACAAAAGCGUAAUUCUCAAGUCUUGGGCAGAGCCAUGCUUCCUCAGGAGGUCGGGAAGCAGAAGCCCUGCCGUGUGUCGGACCCGGUAUGCGGGACUGACUGUCCCCCGGUUCCGACACGGCGCUUGAAGAACCGGGAUUUCCCUCUGAGCGUGAAGCGCCGGCGGUCCGGCUCCGCACCUGAGCGUAAGGUGAACUGCGUCCUGGUUGGAGACGGAGCGGUGGGCAAGACCAGCCUCAUCGUCAGCUACACCACUAACGGAUACCCGACAGAAUAUGUUCCCACAGCGUUUGACAACUUUACAGUGAUGGUUGUGGUCGACGGAAAACCAGUGAGACUGCAGCUCUGUGACAUGGCUGGACAGGAUGAGCUGGAGCACAUCCGGCCGCUGUGCUACAAGAACGCCGAUGUCUUCCUCCUCUGCUACAGCGUGGUCCGUCCCUGCUCUUUCCGCAACCUGAUCCAUAGAUGGGUGCCUGAGAUCCGUCAACACUGUCCUGGCGCGCCCCUGAUCCUAGUUGGCACCCAGCUGGACCUGAGGGAGGAUGUCCAGGUACUGAUCCACCUGGCACAGAACCAGGAGCGACCAGUGGGCACAGAGGAAGGCCAACAACUCGCCCAGGAGCUCGGGGCAGUAAGCUUCGCAGAGUGCUCCGCGCUGACUCAGAAAAACCUGAAAGACACUUUUGAUUCAGCCAUCUUGGCCAGCAUCCAGCAGAUGGACAGUAGCAGCGUCCAGCAGCAGCAGAGGCUGACUCUGAGGAAGAAGACGCCCGAUAAGAUCAAGAGCCUCUCGGAAACCUGGUGGAAGAAGAUCAACUGUCUGAUGGGAGAGCAGAGCUGUGAAUUCAAGUGAAGUGAUUUCAAACCUGGGUCAGAUAAGGCUUGCAAAUAACUUGGUUUAUUUUAACUUGCUGACAGAAGGUGCCAGAUGGGUAAGGAUUAUCACCACGCAGGACAACGCAAGUUCCAGAAAGAGCUCAGAAAAGCGGGUUUAUGACUUAAAGGUUUCCAGUUAAAAUCCUCCGACUGAAAGGGAAUGUGUGGAUAGGAAAAUUGAAAAACACUCAUCCCUUGCUUUUAGAGGCACUCCACUGAUUUUACACAUCAGAUCAGUUUACCUGUCACAAAGUUUAUAUCCUUUGAAAACAGUUGUAAACUGUCUUCCGUGGCUCCGGUUGAAGCUUUUGUAACAUUUAGAGCUGCUCAUUUGCGGAAGACCUUUAAUUAAUAACAGAGAGUAGAGAUUGUAGAGUUUUAAAGCAUUUACAAGGCAGGGAAGGUCUAAUAGAAGAUGCUUUGUGGAAACUGUAAGAUCCAAAAAUUCAGAAUAUCUUGGCCUCUGCUGCUUCAUUGUUGCCUAUUAUUUUUAAUCUUUCUUCCACAAGCCCCCAACUUAACAGAAGUGCAAUACUAAAUUGCUGCAGUAAACUUUUAACAUGCAUCAGUCCCUUUGAACAAGCUUCUAAAGUAAACCGUCAAACGCUCAAUGACCUCCAACAGCAGAGUUUGGCGGUUGUUGGGCUGCUGAGUGCCGUUUUGUUACUGUGGCUGUUCUGGUCUGCAAUUUCUGAUGAGUCUGGUACAAAAAAAAAAGGUUUACUGAUUUGUUUGAGUAUAAAAAGUUACUGUGUGAACUAGUGCUUUAAAAGUGCAGAAUAUGUAUGAAAUUUCCACACCGUCAGCCGCUCCUGCAUGUAGUCCUGACUUGCACAUUAAAUGAACUUUGCACCAGUGAUCACCUAAAAGCUGCUGGGAUUAUUUUUCACACUUUCACAUUUUUAGAGCUGCGUUUUGCUUUGUCAGCCCCGUGAUUUGUUUUUUUCUUGUUGUUGUUUUUUUAAAUUAUACAACUGCUGGGAUG